GACAGCGCGCGCAAAUGGAUGUCCCUAAUGGUUCGCCGUCGCUGCGCCUCCGCGGCGGCGUCAACAAUUACAGUGAUAUUAAAAAACAUGAGUUAAAUCAGUGCACCAGUGCUAUGUCUCCUGAGACACAGAGAUGGCUACCACCAACAUCGGAAACUAUUAUGACAAAGCCGUUCCCGAUACGAGGGGAACGAGCGAACUACGUAAAUAUACCGCAUGUGAUUGCAAUGGUGGGGCUGCCCGCACGUGGCAAGACUUACAUUUCAAAAAAGCUUUCGCGGUAUCUAAACUGGAUAGGAAUUAAUACUAGAGUAUUCAAUCUGGGCGAGUACCGCCGCCACGCGACGACGGCGUAUACGAGUCAUGAGUUCUUCCGCGCGGACAACAAAGAGGCCAUGGCGAUCCGACAGCAGUGCGCGUUAGAUGCGUUGCACGAUGUCUGCGAGUGGCUCACCAAGGGAGGAGAAGUCGCAGUAUUUGACGCGACGAACUCCACACGCGAACGGCGACGCAUGAUCCGCGACAUCGUCGUGCACAAGAUGGGCUUCAAACUUUUCUUCGUCGAGUCUAUCUGCGACGAUCCCCGCAUCAUUGAACAGAACAUCAUGGAAGUAAAAGUAAGCAGCCCCGACUACACAAACAUUCAGAACACAGAUAAUGUACUAAACGACUUCCUACUUCGAAUAGAGCAUUACAAAGAGAAAUACGAACCACUAGAGGAAAAUUUAGAAGCGGAAUACAGUUUCAUGAAAAUAUACGACACAGGAGAAAAAGUCGUUGUACAUAAGCACGAAGGACAUAUACAAAGCCGUAUCGUUUAUUACUUAAUGAAUAUACACAUCGUACCUAGGACCAUUUACUUGACUAGGCACGGCGAGAGCGUGCACAACAUCGUUGGCCGCAUCGGCGGCGACAGUGAGCUCUCCCCGCGCGGGAAGAACUACGCCCAGUCACUGGCUUCGUACAUCGAGCAGCAACAGAUACCUGGACUCCGAGUCUGGACCUCCUGGAUGCGAAGGGCCAUACAGACCGUUACGGAUGUCAAAGCGCCGCAGGAGCGCUGGAAGGCGCUCAACGAGAUUGAUGCCGGCAUCUGCGAAGAGAUGACCUAUGCGGAGAUCCAACAAAAGUACCCAUCAGAUUUCAACGCGCGAGACGCGAACAAAUUCGCGUACAGGUAUCCUCGAGGAGAAAGCUACGAGGACCUCGUAGCGAGGCUAGAACCCGUCAUAAUGGAGCUUGAGCGACAGGGUAAUGUUUUAGUGGUGUCGCACCAAGCGGUCAUGAGGUGUUUGCUGGCUUACUUUUUGGACAAGUCCGCUGAGGAGCUACCGUACCUGCACGUGCCGCUGCACACCGUGAUCAAGCUGACGCCGGUGGCGUACGGCUGCCGCGAGGAGCAUAUCAAGCUCUCCGUGCCCGCCGUCGAUACGCACCGACCUAAGCCCUCCGGGAGCGAAGAAAGCUGACUGCGAUAAGUAAUACCAGCGCCACAGAUAAAGCCUCCGGUGCCGCCAGUCCUCAACGGGGAGUCAAACGGCGACCGCGCAAGUGACAAAACUUAUUAACUAAUCUAUAGGUCAGAGCUUAGCGUUUGACCAGUUAGUAGAGACGUAUGUAUAAAAAUAGAUGAUCUAUUCGACAUUUUUAUUGUUUAAUAUAAGUCGCACCUUAACAAUAAAGUGAUUAAAUUCAAAGAGUAGUUUUAGGGAAACUAAAAGAAUUUAUUUAAAAAAAAUAGCAUAAAUGCCAUGUGGCUGAUGCCAUAUACGACAACAUUCUGUUUAAAAUAAAUAGGUAUGUAUUUUUUUAUUCAUAUUUUCAGUCAGUUUCCCAAAAAUGUCACAAUUCGAAUAUCGUCAUUCUCACACGAGACAUUUGUUGUAUCUCAAGAUUUAUAAAGAUCAUCUUUGAGCUGAUUUUACAUUUAUAAUACAAUAGAAACCUCGUCUGUAGACAAGUAUAUAUAGGGUUAUAUAAUUGCAAUACAGUAAAUAUUUUGUGAUAGUUCGAAAUGUUUUAUCUUAAUAGAAAAGAGAAUUGACAUAAAAGCAAAUUACGAUGUAUCGAUCUCAAUUCUACGAUAAUACAGUCACGUGCAUUAAUAUGGCGUAAUUAAUGUUCUAUUUUGUUUUAUUUGCAUUCCACAAUGUACAAGGUUUUAUUUAUUAAAAGAAUCACAUCAUGAACCCUUUCCGACACAGCAAAGUAGAAGGGAAGAGAGUAAGUAGGUUGUUGUUAAAUGUACAUUCGAUGCCAUAUGAUACUGACCCCUUAGCCGACCAUUUGGUUCUGAUUAAUGUCAAGAAAAGUGUUAAACAAACUUAAAAUAUUAUGUUAAGAACCUGUACGCUGUAAAGUUAUUUAAAAAUUAUAUUUUAAGAAACUUUUUAAGCCAAUUUCGACGUUGGAAUGGUAACGGUAAAAGAACGGUGAUUUACCAUAAUUUUUGUAAGAAAAAAAAUCAUAAAACUAUACGUAUAUGGAAAAGCUGAAACUUUCUAGUUGUCCAUAUAUUUUUAUAAUGUCAAGGGACGGGAUGAACA